UCCAAAUAAGUCCCGAAAAAAGGGCACUUUCCAGCAGCUGUGGCCAGCGGUGCCGACGUCAGGCCCUCCCCCAGCGGUGCUGACGUCGGCGGCCCGGCCGGGUGACCUCAUCGUCCCGAAGGCGGCCGGCCCGGGGGGCGGGGAGAGGCGGGGGCGGCCCCCGCGCAGGCAAAGGCUGGGGGGCCGGGGCGCGGCCGUGCAGCUCUCGCCGGAGCCGAGCCCAGCCGAGCACCCGCCGCCGCCCGUGCGCCCCUGCGCCUCCGCGCCAUGGCCGGCCUCAACUCCCUGGAGGCGGUGAAACGCAAGAUCCAGGCCCUGCAGCAGCAGGCGGACGAGGCGGAAGACCGCGCGCAGGGCCUGCAGCGGGAGCUGGACGGCGAGCGCGAGCGGCGCGAGAAAGCUGAAGGUGAUGUGGCCGCCCUUAACCGACGCAUCCAGCUUGUUGAGGAGGAGCUGGACAGGGCUCAGGAACGACUGGCCACAGCUCUGCAGAAGCUGGAGGAGGCGGAAAAGGCCGCAGAUGAGAGUGAGAGAGGAAUGAAGGUGAUCGAAAACCGGGCCAUGAAGGAUGAGGAGAAGAUGGAGAUUCAGGAGAUGCAGCUCAAAGAGGCCAAGCACAUCGCGGAAGAGGCCGACCGCAAAUACGAGGAGGUAGCUCGGAAGCUGGUCAUCCUGGAGGGUGAGCUGGAGAGGGCAGAGGAGCGUGCGGAGGUGUCUGAACUAAAAUGUGGUGACCUGGAAGAAGAACUCAAGAAUGUUACUAACAAUCUGAAGUCGCUGGAGGCUGCAUCUGAAAAGUAUUCUGAAAAGGAAGACAAAUAUGAAGAAGAAAUUAAACUUCUGUCUGACAGACUGAAAGAGGCUGAGACCCGUGCCGAAUUUGCAGAGAGAACGGUGGCAAAACUGGAGAAGACCAUUGAUGACCUGGAAGAGAAACUUGCCCAGGCCAAAGAAGAAAACGUGGGCUUACAUCAGACACUGGAUCAGACACUAAAUGAACUUAACUGUAUAUAAUCAAAACAGAAGCGUCUCGUUCCACCAGAAACUCCGGAGCUCCGCGGGUCUUUCUCUUCUCUUGUAAGAAGUUCCUUUUGGUAUUGCCAUCUUCGCUUUGCUGGAUAUGUCAAGCAAGUUAUGAAUACGUGACCAAAUAUUUUGUAUCGGAGAAGCUUUGAGCACCAGUUAAAUCUCAUUCCUUUCCUUUUUUCCCCCGCAAAUGGCACCAGCUUUUUCAGCGCUCUUAUUUUUUCCUUAAGUUGCAUUUAUUCCUAAGGUAGGCAGGGUAUUUCCUAGUAAGCAUACUUUCUUAAGACGGAAGGCAUUUGGUUCCUGGGAGAAUAGGCAGCCCCACACUUUGAAGAACGAAGACCCCAAUAUCUAGUGGAUCUAUUUAAAAUGCUGAAGAACAUAACCUUUUGGGUCAAGGUUGGUCGGACUAUAGGAGAGAACAGGGACCAUCACAUGGGUGGGGAUUUUCCAUCCAGAGCCCAUAAAAGGGCUGGGCGGGGUGGGUGGGGGGCGGGCAUUGUAGGAAGUCAUAACCCAUGGAUAGAUUAACCUAAGAAUCCUGGCCCUUCUGCACACUCCACCAUGCAGAACAAACAUCCUCUCAAGCAGCCAACGCACAAUGCUUGGGAAAUAGUCGUAAUUACCCACAUAUUUUCUGGAUAGAUCCUUGAUGUGAUGUUCUGCAUGUUUCCUUCAUUCUAAAGUUGUUCGGCCGGGUGUGGUGGCCCACGCCUGUAAUCCCAACAUUUUGGGAGGCCAAGGCGGGCAGAUCACUUGAGGUCAGGAGUUCAAGACCAACCCGGCCAACAUGGUGAAACCCCGUCUCUACUAAAAUUACAAAAAUUAUGAUGGCGCCUGCCUGUAGUCUCAGCUGCUCCAGGAGACUCAGGCAGGAGGAUCCCUUGAACCCAGAAAGUGGAGGUUGCAGUGAGCCGAGAUCAUGGCACUGCACUCCAGCCGGGGCAACAGAGUGAGACUCCAUCUCAAGAAAAAAUAAAGUUGUUCUCUGAGGAGCAAAUGUCUCAUUCCAAUAAUGACCCAUCCACUCAGCAGGAAUAUGGUGGAGUUCAGUUUAGGUCAGCCAUAUCCAAAAGACUACAAGUCAUUUAAUAAGUUGAGCAGAAGAGUUCUGUUUUUUUUUUUUUUUUCUCUUAGCAGAAAGGGCCUCUCUGGCAGCAAAGAUUAAAAAUUGGCCCAAUUUCACUUCCAUAAUUCAGGGAAUAGCAAACUGAAGAUUUACUUAUCUAGGACUUGAAUUCCUUCUUUGGGACCAAGUUAAUAAAAGACCAAGAAACUCCUGAUUAAACUGGAUAAUGGAGGAUUUUGUAGACAGGGCUGCACACAUUGGCUUUGUUAUACUUCUGUUUUCUCAGUUAACAUCUCAGAGCUGGAACAUUCCAUAUUCCCCAGCAGUGUGUCGGGGCCCACUAAAGUUUACAAUUCCGACUAAAAGUCACCCUGCUUCUGGCUUAUUUGAAUCCCCUAUCUCCCCCGCCCCACCAUCCCGCUCCUAUUUAUUCAGCACCACACUACCCAGGAAAUACACUAGCAAAUUGUGCAAUUGAAUGAAAUCCACACUUUUCUUUCGAUUCUUGCAACUGUAUCAUAUGUAAUAGUAUCACUUUUCUACAUUUUGGUCAAAUAAAUUUUUACAUAAACUAGA